UCUUUUUUCACUCUCGUCCCGACACCAAAACAACCCUAACAAGAAACACUCCUGUGUACUCUCUCUCUCUCUCUCUCUCUCUCUCUCUCUCUUUCUCUGUUUGCUCUUUCUUGUUUCUCUCUCUAUAUCUAUACCUUUACAGGGUGUUUGGGCUUAAUUUGGUGCAAUGGAGGUCAGCUCCGAUGUGGUUGCUCUGGAGAAGAUGAUUUGGUGCUCUGUUGUGGAAGCUGUGAUGGUGGAGACCCUUUUGGCUGCUCAGAGAUCUCUCGCCUGCUUUCUCUGGGUGACAGGAUCUCUGCUGAAGGGCGUUAAUGUACUGCCAAAGUUGCCCGUGAUUGAUGAAAGGUUUCCCAUCGAUGAGCUUCAUAGAAGGAAACAUCCUGGUCCUGAAAACAAAGAUGCUAGUGACACAGAGGACGAUGAAGAAGAUAACGACGAUGACGAUGAACAAGAGGACGAUGAUGAUGAUGCGGGUGAUGAAGAUUUCCCUGGUGAAGAAGGUGGAGAGGAUGAUGAUGAAGGUGAUCCUGAGGACGAUCCAGAGGCUAAUGGUAAUGGGGGCAGUGAUGACGAGGAUGACGAUGAUGAGGAUGGUGGUGACGAGGAAGAUGACGGGGAGGACGAUGAGGAGGACGAGGAGGAAGAUGACGAGGAUGAAGAGGAUCAACCACCAGCUAAGAAGAGAAAGUGAAAAUAGUUAUAGGCCUUUGGACUUUCAUUAGUUAUCUCUCUCUCUGUCUCUUCUUGGUUGGGAGUAUCUAGUACUAGGUGGUAAGUAGAAGGUUUAGCAUGUCUGUCUUGAUAGAGUAGAAAACUUAGACAUCCUUGUUUACAUUUAACCCCUACUGUUUAUCAUUUUCAAGAUUGUUAUGUUAGAAAUGCCUAUUCUGGAUUUAGUAAUCUAAGGUGUGACUUUCAUGUGAGGUUUUUGAACUUGAUACAAAAAUGUUUCAAUGGCCAUGUUAUGUUUAUA